AUGGGGGUCGGAGGCAGAGGAUGUGCUUCUGAGAAUAAGAAGGAAGCCGAGGCCGCGGCCAAUAGCGAAGGGGCGUCGGAGAAACGGUCGAGCGACACGCACACUACUACCGUUGACGUGGAAGCUGAGAGGAACGAUGCCAAGAGAUACGGUGACGUUUCGAAGAACGACAGAUCUUACCUCACUGAUCUGAGCUGCGUGAUCACCAAGACUUUGGAAGAUGCUUUCGAGUCCCACGGGCGUUUUGUGGCCGCUCACCCCUUCGCCGUCGUUGGCCUUUGCUUGUUCGUCACAUCGAUAUGUAGCCUGGGAAUUAUGAGCUUUGAAACAGAGCUACGGCCUUUCCGUCUCUGGAUUCCACAACAUUCGGAGUUCAUCAAGGUUUUAAACUGGCAGGCAGAAAACUUCCCCAGUUCUUACCGUCAGCAAAUAGCCAUCUGGGAAGCAGACAACGUCCUGACAGCUCGGGUGAUGCAGCAAAUGCUAAGGCUUCACAACACGGUGAAAGAUACAACAGUAGGACCCAAUGCUACUUCUUGGGAGGAUUUGUGUGUGCGUGUCCCAUCCAUGCCCAUGAACAGCCACGCAGCACCUGAGGAAGAAGAGGAGGAGGUUGAUUAUGACAGCUUUGAUUAUGGAAGUUUAAUUCGCAAGCGUCGUAGCGGAAGUGCAGAAGACGAGGCCUCCGAUCUCAGUCUAGUCCUUCCCCGGGAUCAAUACUGUCGGAUUUUAGACAGCAUGCCCAGCAUAUGUCUUGAGACAAGUCUUUUGGAAAUAUGGGGCUUAGAUGAAGAUGUGAUUAUGAACCUCACGGAUGAACAAGUGGUCAAGGAUAUAAAUGAAGUCAAGCUGAGUGGUGUGUUUGGUUUUCGGUCAGACUUCACUAAGUAUCUAGGGUCAAUCACUUACGAUGAACGUGGGCGCGUGGUUUCAGCAAAGGCUGCGACUCACGUGUGGAUAACUCUCGUUGAUGAUCAGGCUAUCAAGAGGGGAGAUUUUGUUGUCGACAAAGGAUCUGGAGAGCCAGUUGACACAGCUGGGAUGGACUGGGAACGAGCCUGGAUUCAGUCAGUUUUAGAAGUUUCUUCAGAGCUUGGAGAUGUCACAGCGUACGCGCAAGCAGCGAGCAGUUUUGGUGAAAUAAGCGACAAUAACAUCUGGGGUGAUGUCAAGUGGCUGAUGGGUGGUAUUUGUAUCAUGAUUUCUUUUGUCAAUAUGACUCUUGGGAAAAGAAAUCUAGUUCAACAACGUCCAUUGCUAGCUUUCAUGGGAAUAAUGAGCGUUGGUCAAAGUGUUGUCAUUGCCUAUGGUGUAUGUUCUGUGUUUGGAAUAUCUUACACCCCAGUUAAUUCAAUACUGCCCAUUCUCUUACUUGGACUAGGUGUAGAUGACAUGUUCGUUAUUAUGGCAGCAUGGGAAUCAGCUGGGAACCACAAAGGAGCAUCUGCAGAUCUUGUUGAACGCGCUGCAAAAACAAUGCGUCAUGCAGGUGUAGCCAUUACAGUCACUUCUUUGACUGAUGUCACUGCUUUUGCUGUUGGAGCUUCGACUGACCUUCCAGCAUUGCGUUCCUUCUGCGUUUAUGCUUCUGUUGGUAUCUUUGCAGUGUAUGUGCUACAGGCUACGUUCUUUUUGGUGUGGCUGGUGAUAGAUCAAAAGAGACUGGAAGGAAACCGCAAUGGAUUCUUUUGGUGCAUUGUGCACCGUGACUGGAAGCCGUGGGCAUGCAGCCAGAGGGACUUGAUGGCAGAUGCUUUCAAGUGCUUGAGCAAAUGUCUUCUGAGUAUGCAAGUUCGCAUAUUUAUCCUCAUUUUCACAGGCGCCCUCAUGGCAAUUUCAAUUUUGACAACACUGAAUCUCCACCAAGAAUUCAAUCCUAUGUGGUUUAUCCCUCAAGAGUCCUAUUUGUACAAAUCCUUUGAAGCUAUGAAGUUACAUUUCCCAGAAAAUGGUGAAAAGGGAUAUAUAUACUUUUCCAAUGUUACGUUGCCUGAUGACUUAGUUCAUCUAAAUAAGUUAGUUGACGAUCUUAAAUCCAGUGGUGUGGUAACAGAUGUCAAUGCCUGGUUCAGUGCACUUGACAGUUACUUAUCUCAUAUCCCAGAGAUAGACAAAACGACAAUUGAUUAUUCAUUGCUUCAAGACAAGCUUUCAAUUUUCCUCCAGUCAUCGUCAGGAGCCUCAUAUCGUAACGACUUUGCUGUUAACGGUCAACUUGAAUGUCUCUCUCCAGCCCCUCCUGUGUCAUCCUUUCGGAUUUCAAUCACACAUAAACCUGCGCCUUCACCUAAAGAACAAUCCGUGGUAUUAGGUACAGUUAAGUCACUGGUAGCUGGUGUACCAAUUCAAGGGUACAGAGCUGCAUGGGCGCAGGCUUAUAGCAUCUGGGAAACAAAUGUAGUUGUCGGUGCUGAGUUGUGUAGAAACAUAUUUUUGGCUGGUGCUGUAGUAGGUAUUGUCACGCUUAUUCUCUUAGCGUCGCUUUGGGCUUCCAUUCUGGUCCUGGUAUGUGUUGCAUCGACAGUUAUUGGCGUUUGUGGUACUAUGUGGCUUUGGGGCCUCACCAUCGAUACAGUAUCCUGCAUAGCUCUUGUACUGGCAAUAGGCAUGAGUGUUGAUUAUGCAGCACAUAUAGCCCACGCCUUCCUGUCUGUUAAAGGAACUAAUGACAGAAAAGAGCGCGCUCGCAUUGCUCUGGAAGGUGUUGGUUCUGCUGUGCUUCAAGGAGGAGUGUCCACACUGCUCGCAUUUGUGAUGCUCGCUUGGUCGUCUUCUCAUGUUUUCGUCACCUUCUUCAAGGUAUUUACAGCAGCCUCAGUUCUUGGCCUUUAUUACGGACUUGUUUUCCUUCCUGUUACGCUCUCGUUCGUUGGCCCAGCUCCAUACAGAGAUACAACACCAGCGGAUUCAGAUCCUGCUACUGGGAAAAAAAUGGAUAUGAAUAAUGUUACCAAGGAAUCAAAAGAUUCCAGUAAUUUAGAAUACUUACCAGACAUGGUAUGAGACGUCCCUACCAAGUGAUUAUUAUAUUUUACUUAUCUGUGAUAUAAUGUAUUUAUAUAUUUAGUAUUUGUACAUACAACUCACGAUUGUAACCUUAUCUGGUCAAGUAAGAGAUGCACGUGUUCUUUCAAAGGCACUGGUGAAAAUUUCAAUGAAAGUCUAGCGAAAGUUUAAUUUAGGAGCUUUUGUUUCCAUACUAUAUUCCACGAAGUCUCAUAGUUAAUAAGACUUCACUGAGGGAUGUAAAUAUGUGACGAAAUAAUGAAUGAGCAUUACUAUAUACAUACAUACAUACAUACAUACAUGUAUAUAUAUAUAUAUAUAUAUAUAUAUAUAUAUAUAUAUAUAUAUAUAUAUGUAUGUUUUCAAAGACAAAUACAUAUAAGCUAGUAUGCGAGCGUGUAUUAAAGGAACCUGUACCAUCAAGGUAUAUCCCUGAGGACUCAUUUGAAGCUUUUGUAAUGUCUCAUUGUUAUUCAUUCAUUAUAUAAGUGUUUUGUGUGGUUUAUAUAUA